AUGGUAUCGGCAUAUUCCCCAGCCCAAUUGACAAAAUACCUAAAAUAUCUCGCCCUCCCGGCAGCAUAUGAACCCUGGAUCCAAUCUCCAGCUUCAUAUCCCAAGACAGAAGAGGCACUAACGACACUAUUCCGCGGCCAAAUCACGCGCUUCCCCUACGACAAUCUCGAUGUACAUUAUGCAGCGACUAGCGAUGUAAACAUUGACCCACAGGCGAUUUACUCCAAGCUCAUGGGCGUCGGUGAGAGCGAGCCUUCUGGACGAGGCGGCUAUUGUCUUGAAUGUAGUAUCUUCUUCUCUCAUGUUCUCCGUGGGCUCGGGUUCGAUGUUUAUAGCACUGGUGUACGGAAUCGGCCCAGGGAAAAUGGUGUUCCGGCAGGUGAAUUCUUUGGCUGGACUCACAUUGUGAAUAUUGUGCGCCUGCCUUCUGGUGUGGAGUAUCAUGUUGAUGCUGCGUUCGGAGGAGACGGUCCCACAAGACCUUUGCCCCUGAUCUCAGGCCAAACAUCCAAAAACCUAGGCCCGCAAGAAGUGCGGCUAGUCUAUGGAAACAUGGCGAAGCAGACACGGCCUGAACAGAAAGUCUGGAUGUACCAGUACCGCAACGGAGUUGACAGGGAGUGGAACACAUUCUACAGUUUUGCUGAGCUGGAGUUUUUCCAGGAGGAUUUUGAAGUCAUUAAUCGGUUUACAAGUUGGGAUGCGUUGACGAAGCGGAAUCGCUGGGUUGUUAAGUUUAUUCGGGCUGGUGAGACGGGGCAGUUUCCGUUGCUCGAGGGCGAGGUUAAGGAUGUCGAUGAUGGGGUGCAGGUUGUUGGGAAGGUGAUGUUUGUAAAUGAUGUUGUUAAGUUGAAUAUGGGCGGUAAGACGAGGGUUAUUGAUACUAUUGAGACGGAUAGGGCGAGGGUUGCUGCGUUGAAAAAGUGGUUUUCUCUUGAUAUUGUCAUUUAA